AUUUUCCUAUAUAAAUGCGGAAAACAAUGCAAACUUCAGUUAGUUCCUAAUUAGUGGUCACUGUGAAUCGUUGGGCAAUUUGAAUUUCGUAAAAUGUCAAAAUUGUGGCAAUUGUUGCCAUUUUAUUUGGUGCUAAGUAGUGUUUACGCCAACCCAUGUACUAUUCGAGUGCCGGAGGAGGUGCCGGAACCAACGCCAAUAAUUUUGAAAGAUAACGAGUUGUUCAGACCUAAUAAUAACGAAACUAAAAUUGAAGAUGGAAAGAGUAUAACGCUGUUUUGCGCUGGUCGAGGUAAUAAAAUAGUAAUCCUAAAUCAAGCAAAAGUCACAUUGACCUGCAAAGAUGGUAAAUUUCGGCAUGAAAAAAAAGAAUACAACUUAAAAGAAAUGAAAUGCAACGACGUACCGGACUCUGAGUUAAGGGAAACACGCAAAGCUUGUGCUAACGGUGCUGGCGAAUUCUACGAAGUGGGUUUUACGUACGAAAACAAAUUUCUCGAGAUCCUUACAAUAUGCUUUAAUAAAGCCACGCAGCGUACGAUUUACUCACGUAAUAUUAUUAAAAGAAAUGUGGAAAAGGUUAGAAUGAGACGGGCUUGCAAUACUCCUCCUUUUAAAAACAUUGGUAUGAACUUUCAACCAAACGAGUUCUAUAAAGUCGAGAAUCAAACAAUGCACUUCGAAAAUCUUUUUGGUCGCAACCAAAAGUUUCUGGUUAGCAACAUAACACGUUUCUUAGCGCGUGGUCAUCUAGCACCAAAUGCGGAUUUCACUUUUUGUUACGAACAGUUUGCCACUUUCUAUUUUGCGAAUUGUGCUCCUGAGUGGCAGCAGGUGAACGCCGGGAAUUGGGCAAAAGUGGAGAAAGCCACGCGCCAACUCGCCAUCAAUACCGAUAUAUUGACAUUCACCGGUACUUUCGAUAUAUUAAAGUUGCGAAUGCCAAAUACCCCUAUGUUCACUGAAAUUUAUUUGGAUCAUGCUAAACAGCUUGCUGCGCCGAAAUGGUACUAUAAAGUGGUGCACAAUCCUAAUUGGAAAAUUAAGAUCGUCUUUGUCACUUUGAAUAAUCCAUACAAUACUGUUGGUGAAGAAGUGGAGUUUUGUAAAAAUAUUUGUCGAGAGUAUGGUUUGGAUUCCCGCUUCUAUGAUAAUGUUAAUCGUGGUUAUACAUUUUGUUGCGAAUUAGAAGAUUUUUGGAAAAAUGCUGGGAUAAGUACAUCGGAGACACAAAAAUUUUAUGAUUUGCCACCAUGGUGGCAUUAUAAGUAGAGUUUCAUUUUGAAAAAAAAAAAACAAAAAAUAAAUAAAUAAAAUCAUAAAUAAUCA